GUUGUCUGAUUUUGUUUUUAUUUCUGUUGUUUUCUGUUUCGCUCAGUGAGGAAGGAGAGUUUGCUGCUGUACAUUUUAACAGUAGACAUUGUUUCAGUAAAGCUGUACACGUUCGGCGUGUCUCUUGUUUCAGUGUCGUUUCUGUCCCCGCCCCACAGUGAACUCUGUUGGAGUGGAAACAGGAACUGGAAACCAUUUAUUUUUUUAUUUUUGCGCUUGUUUCUUCAAGGAUGGCGGCAAACGAGGCUGACGAGGAGGCGACCGUCUCCCUGGUGGACGUGUUGGAGGAGGAUGAAGAGCUGGAGCAAGAAGCCUCAGCCGUGCUCGGAGGCAGCGACUCAGAAAAGUGCUCUUAUCCAGAAGGAUACGUGAAGCGACAAGCUCUAUAUGCAUGCAACACCUGUACACCAAAGGGAGGGGAACCUGCAGGGAUUUGCCUGGCCUGUUCCUACAAGUGCCAUGAGGGCCAUGAACUAUUUGAGCUCUAUACUAAGAGGAAUUUCCGCUGUGACUGUGGAAAUGACAAAUUUGGUGAGAUGGAAUGCAAGUUAUUCCCAGAGAAAGAAAAAGCCAAUUCUGGGAACAAAUACAGUCAUAAUUUUUUUGGCUUGUAUUGCACCUGCGACAGACCUUACCCAGACCCCGAGGAUGAGCUUCCUGAUGAGAUGAUCCAGUGCAUCAUCUGUGAGGACUGGUUCCACGGUCGGCACUUGGGUUGUGUGGUGCCAGAAAGUGUGGAGCUCCAGGAAAUGAUCUGCGAGUCCUGCAUGAAUAAAUCUCCAUUCCUCUGGACCUAUGCUGCCCAUGUCGCAGUGCCUCCUGUACUCAAAGUAUGUAAAGCAGAGGAAGAAGGGAAAGUAGAGGUGGAGCAUGAUGAAGAGGAAACUAAGCCGGAAAAAGAGGUUUCAGAGAGCACAGAGGACAACAAGCAGCAGGUGGAGGUGAAUGGGACAGCAGGCUGUAAGCGGAAGCUUCAGGAGCUAGAGGACACCUCGGCUGAGGGCUCGUGUUCAGGCUGCAGGCUCGAGGAGAUGAAGGCCUCUGGGCAGAGCAGAGCUCAGCAGGGGGCUGUGUUCUGGCCGUCUGCCUGGCGUACCAAACUCUGCUCCUGCACCCACUGCAAGAAUCUGUUUGCGGAUGCUGGAGUGGCCUUCCUCCUGGACGAGACUGAUACUGUUCUUGCCUAUGAGAAUAAGGGCAAAACGACAGAGCAGGCAGGUGGGGUAGAGGGUCGUGACCCUUUGAUGUCUGCCCUGAACAACCUAAAUCGUGUUCAGCAGCUGGAGAUAAUUCACGAAUAUAACGACAUGAAGACAGAGUUGAAAGAUUACUUGCAGACAUUUGCAGCAGAGGGCAAGGUGGUGACCCCAGAAGACAUCCGCCACUUCUUUGAGCAGCAGCAGACUCGUAAAAGACGACGGGCCAAUGCUGGACAAUACUAUUGUAGUUGAACCGUCCUUGAGCAAAUUCGUACUAUAGCCUGCCAGCUACAUGUUGACCCAAAUCUUCCUGACCCCUUCGUCUGCCCACGCUCAGCAGCACCUCCCCAAACCUGUUACUUUUUUUUUUAAUAUAUAAAAUAUGCAGAUGUGAAUCCAGAGGCCAUUACAAUCAUUUGAUUUUGAGCUUGUAAAGACUGGUUCAUGUGUUGGUUGGUAAUUCCCAAAGAUUCAUUUCUUUUUUUUCUCUUUGAAUUUUCAUUUUCAGCAGGGUAGGAGUUGGAGCUGCACAGAUCAGCUGCACGUUUUAGUGGUUGUGCAUUUCAGGGCUUAUUUCUGAUGAUCCAGCAUCAGGUUUCCCACUUCUAUAGUGACCUUUGAUACUACAGUAGAAAAUAAGACUGGUACAGGAACGGCAGUUCUCUAAUAUGCCUUGUGAAUAUAUAUGUAUAUGCCCAUUUAUUCCUCAGGAGUUCUUCUCUCUUGUAGCAGUUAAAAAUACAGCCAUUUUAUACAAAGACAGUUAUUAACUGUUUAAAAAGUUGAAAAGUCACAUUCUUAAUCUGUAAAUCCUUGUGCGGUGGUAAAUAAUGAAGGUUUGUGGAUGUGAUGUGUUUGGGCCAAUAUCAGUAAAGACUUUUGCUUCUUAGCACGUGGAAAACCCUCUCACACAACCACUUAAUGAUGCAUAUCGAAUACCUUACCCAGUCAUUGUGAUACCUGCAUGGGUAAAUGCUAAAGGCGAAAGCCCCAGUUAGGAUGUUUUUUGCAUGUUUCUCACUGGUGUUGGAAGCUUGAUUUGUCCUGAACAGAUUUCAGCACAGUCACUACUUCAGCCAGGACAUUGACUGGACAGAUCAGUGCGUGUGUAAUUACUCUUAAACGCAUUCAGAUUGGGGCUUUAAGUAUGCCAGGCCAUUUGAUGAUGGUUGUGACCAAGUAGUAAUUUUAUUAUAAUUGUUUUAUCUGUUUACUUUGUAGAUCUUCUGUUACUUUGUACAUGUCUCUUUGAGAAAUAAAAAAUAAUACUUUCACUUUGUUUCA